AUGUGGAUAGUGUUAAAAUUCAAUAACUACCAUAUCACAAAAACUAUUGGACUUUGUGUAGUGUAUUUGCCUCCACCGGUUAAACUAGAAAAUCUAAACAAGUUUUUAGAUAGCGUGGAUAAUGUUACCAACCACGUUGAUGAUUUAGUUGUUAUAGGUGACUUUAAUAUGGGUUUUAUUGAGUGGUCUGCUAGUGAUAAAUAUUCAUAUAUGACCCCAUGUAAUUAUAGUAAUGCUCUAGGAUACUCAUUAGUUGACUUCAUUACUAUUAAUAAUUUAUAUCAAUAUAACUGUAUAAAUAACUGUGAUGGUAAACUUUUGGACUUGGUGCUAAGUAAUUUAACAAACAUUAUAGUUAGAAAGCCUCCUGAAAUACUUAAUAAACUGGAUUCAUACCAUCCUAGUUUGUUAAUAAGUAUAGAAUACGGUCAUAUUUCCUUCCUUCGUUCCAAUAGUCGUAUCGACUACAGAUACUUUAAGGCUGAUUAUAAAACUAUUGUUGAGAAAAUUAAAAAUAUUGAUUGGUUGCAUAAUUUUCUGUAUGCAAAGAUGUCGAUGCAAUAG